AUGUUAGAUCGUUUCGAGGCCAUGUAUCACAAUGCUCUGUCCAUUGCGGCUUUGCAAGCCGAAAUCGAUGAAUGCCAGGAGGACGCCGAGAUUGCCCAGCGAUUAAGAGACGAGAGUGAGUGCAGCUGGUUGCACCUCAGAGACGACUCGCGCAUAGAUCCAGUCCAAUAUGCGGAGCGGAGUUGCGAGAUCCUCGAAAAAUUGAAGCAUGAUAUUGAAACACACACCACCAAUUUUGACGCUUUGCAGACCACAAUGGCGGAGCUUCGGGCUGACAAAGAGGGAUUGUGGACGGACCUACGGAACGACGCGAGUCACUAUUUCAAUAGCUGCUUGGCUGCAGAUUUCAAGACAAACUGGAGUCUAGACGAGGAAGAUUGUCGAGCUCUGCGGACCAUCAUUGAUCAAAACUAUCUCAUAACACAUACUCGACGCGAGCUCGCGGAGCUAAACUCAAGGCAUUGCGCGAUCGGGCACGAACGACGGACAGCAAAUCAACAGGCUAAUGUCAAGGCGGCGAGGCUUGGUGGAGACCUCUCUCGAGCCCUUGAUCAAGCUCGGAAAGAAAGGAUUCAAGUCGAGCUGGACCGUAUUGCUUUGGAAAUCCGUAAAAAGCAAGAUCUCUUACGUUUGCGACAAGAUAGAUACCGCGAGGAUCAGGAAUCGUUCUGUGAGGACAACCUUCAAGCUCUGCUGAGGCGAAGUGGAAGAAUCGAGCCUGAAGUGCCUGAGCCUGAAGUGCCUGAGCCUGAUGUUGAUCUAAGCGAUAUGCCCAGUGACACGAAUCCGAAUCCACCCGUAGAUUGGCUACCGACUGCCGAGACCGAGUUUCAAUCCUCAGAUGAUCGCCAGAGGGAUCCAGAUAUCGCCAACGAGGCAUCAUCAGACAAGUACGGUGCAGCUGAAAGAUCACUUGAGCGAGAAUACAUUCAAGUGCAAGACCGACUGACACAGCUCCAGCAAGAAUAUGGCGCUAAGAAAUACUAG